CACUUUGCCCCGCAGAUUCCGAUAUGCCAACCGAAGCAGCCAGCACGACGAGCGCGCCCACGGACGCGCCGGCCGCCUUCCCGCCCGACGAGCGCUGCAAGUACGCCUACAAGGAGUGCAAGGAGCGCCGGUCCCGCAGGAAGAACGGCAAGCUCCACUCGCUCUGCGACUACCACCGCAAGAAGGCCAACUCGGUGCAGAAGAGCUAUGCGACCAAGCGCCGCAACAUGCAGCAAGCGCGUGCCAAGGCCGAGCCGGCCUUUGCCACGCCGCCGCCCGCACCACUGACAGCGUACGCGCUUCCGGCGCCGCUCCUGCCACGCGGCUACGGCGUCUACCACGAACCGGCCAACGACCACGCGCUGCGGCUCGACGAGAUCAAGCGCCGCAUCCAAAGUGCUUGGGAGCGCCGCCACGCGCCGCCGGGCGAGCCAUCGUCUAUUUAUUACAGCUACCCGUCGCCGCCGCACUACCCGCAGGUGCACCACCACUACGAGCCAGUGCUGCACUCGUUCAUGAAGCCCAUCGCGCCGCUCCACCAUUAAGUGCGCCGACGACGUCAUAUUUGGCCGCAUGUCUCGUGGCUGCCUCGCUGCGUGUAAUGCGCAUACCCACGCCGCAUCCAACGGUGUAUCUCCCCCACACAAUAAUGUCGCUCAGACCACGGUAGCUGCCUUCCUACUGUACGAGUGCACACGCUUUUUUCUUCUUC